AUGACUGAGCCCGAGAAGCAAGAAGCCGAGAAGCAAACCGGGCCGACAGAACAAUAUGCAUCAAUGUCUACGGAUGUGGCUGCUCCGCAGGAUCCUGAAUCAGGUGUGGACCAAUCAGUGAUAGGCCCUGCGUGGAUGUACAAGCCACUAUUCAAGAUAGGCAAAUGGGAGGCUCCUUAUUUUGCCUCACCGGAGAUGCAACUAUACUUGGUAUCAUUUGUCUGCUUUUUAUGUCCUGGCAUGUUCAAUGCCGUUAGCGGUCUCGGCGGCGGCGGUCAAGUUGAUACCCACGAUGUGAACAACGCCAAUACCGCACUAUACAGUACCUUCGCAGUAGUGGGUUUCUUCGCCGGCUCCAUUGCCAAUCGCAUUGGUCUACGGCUCACCCUCUCCCUGGGUGGGUUCGGGUACUUCCUCUACGUUGCUUCGCUCCUCUCGUACAAUAUCAACCAAAAUGCGGCCUUCCUCAUUUUCGCCGGAGCUCUGCUCGGUGUCUGUGCUGGUCUGCUGUGGUGUGCUCAGGGUGCGGUCAUGUUGAGUUAUCCACAUGAGCAUGAGAAGGGGAAAUACAUUGCUAUCUUCUGGGUGAUUUUCAACUUGGGUGGUGUCAUUGGUAGCUUGGUCCCUCUCGGCCAAAAUAUGCAUUCGACCGCCGGCAACGUCAACAAUGGCACCUACAUUGCCUUCCUUGUUCUAAUGGCCAUUGGCUUCAUUCUCUGCUGGUGUCUCGCCGAUUGCAAGCACGUCAUGCGCAAGGACGGCUCGCGCGUUAUUGUCAUCAAGAACCCAACUUGGAAGUCCGAAUUUUUGGGUCUUUGGGAGACAUUGAUCAAUGAUUCGUACAUUGUCCUGAUGUUCCCCAUGUUUUUGGCUAGUAACUGGUUCUACGCAUACCACUUCAACGCAGUCAAUCUCGCCUAUUUCAAUGUCCGCACUCGAGCCCUGAACAGUCUUCUGUACUGGCUGAUGCAGAUGGUGGGUGCGUUCGUCUUCGGCAAGUUGUUGGAUUUGAAGGGUGUCUCGCGUCCGUUGCGCGCCAAGCUCAACUUUGGCAUUUUGCUCGCUAUCACUAUGGGCAUCUGGGGUGGAGGAUACGCAUUCCAGAAGAAAUAUACCCGGGAAACCAAGGGUCUCGGUAUGGAUUUCUCCGAUAGCGGCUACGUUGGACCCAUGUUCUUGUAUAUGUUCUACGGAUUCUACGAUGCUGCUUUCCAGACCUGCACUUACUGGUACAUGGGUUCUCUCUCCAACAACAGUCGCAAGUUGGCCAACUUUGCUGGUUUCUACAAGGGUAUCCAGUCUGCUGGCGCUGCUGGAAUGUGGAGCCUGGAUGCACAGGAGACCGCGUACAUGACCGAAUUCGCCUCUUGCUGGGGUCUGCUCGUCGGUAGUAUGGUUGUUGCUUCACCUGUGAUCUUUUUCAAGGUCAAGGACAGCACUGCCGUCGAGGAUGAUCUGCGAUUCUCCGAUGAAACCGCCGCUGAAGUCCUGGGUCAUUCCAAUGAAACAUCUGAGAUGGAGAUGGAUAAACCUCAUGCAGAAAUGCACACUCCUACCGAUACUCUCCGCCACUCUCACGAGGAGACUAUUACCAAAGAAUGA